AUGGCAGACACCCCGAAAGGCUCAGCUCUUUUUGCUGAGUGCGCCGUCGCGUUUGUCUCGAGCAGUGCGUUGACUCCGAAGCUCAUUAGCGAACUGUCGUCGCUUCUAGAGGACCAUGGCGCUACCAUCUGCGAACCCCGACGCGACGGCUCGAUCCCCAUCGAGAAAGUCACACACAUCAUCUCGAAUACGAUCGAUUUCCCCCAAUUCACGGAGUCGCAAGCUGUCAUGAUUCCGGUUGUCACAACACAAUGGAUCACCAGCUCACUCACCCGCCGAAAACAAGCACAGAUCCGACCAUUCUCUCCUGACCCUAGGUUGAUUUUUGCCGAGGUCGUGGUGACCUGCGCCGAUCUACCAGAGACGGACAAGGAGAGCAUCGCUGGUGCCACGAUGGCUUUGGGUGGACAAGAGACCAAGGACGCGACUCGAAUGACUACACAUAUCUGUGCGCUAUCAAUGGAUCAUCCCAAGGUCCAAGCUGCCCUCCAGAAGGGAUGGAAGGGCAAGGUUGUUCUGCCGCACUGGUUCGACGAUUGCUUCAAGCUGGGCAAGCGCAUUGACGAAGGUCCCUAUCUUUUGCCUGACCCCGAGAUUCUUAAGAAGUCACCCGAGGACGAGCUCAAGAUUCCGACCAAUGAGAACCUCACAGGAGCUACAUCACCAACUCCAACAUAUCUACCACUACCACCUGACGGAGAUGUCGUUCGCCCACCAGUCACCGUUUUCCAAGAUCGCAGGGUGAUGCUCUCAUCAGAUUUGAGCAUCACUGAAAGGCUCACCAAGGUGGUCAAGGACAUCAUUGUCAAUGGUGGUGGCAAGGUUGUAGAACAGGUUGAGGAUUGCGACAUGUUUAUCUGCCAAUACCGGGACGGCCCUCAAUAUGUUCAGGCCGCGCAGUCAUGCAAGGACGUGGGAAACCUUGCGUGGCUUUACUGGCUUAUCGUCCAUAAUGACUGGACAUCCCCUCUUCGCCGACUGCUGCACUACCCGGUUCCUAAAAACGGCAUCGAGGGAUUCAAGAACAUGCGUAUCACUGUGUCAAACUACGGCGGCGAGGCCCGGAUCUAUCUGGAAAACCUCAUUAGGGCCUGUGGCGCCGAGUUCACCAAGACGAUGAAGUCGGACAACACCCACCUCAUCACUGCGCGCGACUCGAGCGAGAAAUGCAAGGCCGCCCCCGAAUGGGGCAUCGCAGUCAUCAACCACCUCUGGAUCGAGGAGAGCUACGCUAAGUGCGAGCUGAAGCCCAUCAACAUUAAGAAGUUCAACCACUUCCCUCCACGAACCAACCUUGGCGAAAUUAUUGGGCAGACCUUCUUUGAUGAGUCAAGGUUGCGAGAGCUUUACUACCCCGGGGGUGACGACAAAUUGUCUCCCGGAGCGAAGAGAAAGCGCAAGAUUCUCGAGGCAGCGGAAGAGAACGCAUAUUCUCGAGGGCCAGCGGAGGGCGUUGUUGUUGGCCGUGAAGAGACCGAGGACGAAAGGCCUGCCAAGAGGACGACAACAAAGACUGCUGCCGCGAUAGCAACACCGAUUCGCGCUCGCCAUGCCGAAAAGGAGAACGAUACACCGUCUGUGAUUUCUACGGGAGGUCGCAGUGCCAAGGCAAAGGCCCGAGAUCUCUUGCAGGCUAUUGCCCCCGAUAUUGCGCUUUACGAGAAGGAGAAGAAGCGCAGCAAAACAGGCAACGCCCUUUGGGGUGGCAAGCGGGCCGCGGAUCAAGCAGAGAAGGCAAACAACAAACAGAGGCAGGCAAAGAGCCCAGAAGUUGAAGAGGAUAAUGCUGCAAAACGGCCAGCCAAGAAGGCCAGGCAAUCACUUCCGGACGUCGAGAUGCGUGUCAUUUUGACCGGUUUCAGCAGAUGGGUUGGGGAUAAGAACAAGGAAGAUCAGGAUCGGAGAAAACUACGGGAUCUGGGUAUCCAAAUUGUUCAAGAGGGGCAGCCGUGCGACUAUCUAGCAGCCCCUCACAUUGUUCGGACCGUCAAAUUCCUAUGCGCCCUAGCCCGUGGGCCAACCGUCAUCUCUUCCACGUUUAUUGACAAAACCCUGGAGAUGGGCAAGCUGCCCGACAUCGACGAGUAUAUCCUCCAAGACAAGGAGACGGAGAAGCGAUAUGACGUGAACCUCGAAAAGUCGGUGGCUCGUGCCAAGUCGAACCGAGGCAAGCUGCUGACGGGGGUUCCCAUCUACUGUACUGAAAAGAUCCGAAACGGACCCGACAGUUACAAGGCCAUUGCCGAAGCGAAUGGGGCGAUCUUCAAGAUCUAUCGGGCACGGAGCGGGACGACGAUUCGACCGACGACGGCGGAGGAGGAGGGCAAUGCGCCUCCAGAACCUGUCUACCUCCUGAGCAGUCUGGCUCACGAUGAGCGGCAACUGUGGAAUCGGUUCCGAGAUAUGGCGCGAAAGGGCAACAUGGAGCCGCGAGUGGUUGCGCCUGACUGGUUGCUUGACGUGGCGAUGGCUCAGCAAGUGAGGUUUGACGACAAGUUUUUGGUGGAGAACUAUUACGCGGACCAGCUGUAACGCAGACUCGGACGC